AAGGGCUUUUAUUUGUCAUUUUGAUUUGUGUAUGUCGGAUUAUGUAUGUUUGUUUACUUGAAUUGAUUAUUUGUGCUACGUUGAAACAGCGCCUUUGACUUCAUUUGAUUAUUUGUUUAAAUUAUUUAAUAGUUGCAUUUGUUUCAUGCUGUUAAAACAAUGAUCACAAAAAUUCAAAAAUUAGUACCGUAAGCGGUUCCCACUACCUAUUGUUUUGAGUUUUAAAUUGGAUUUAUUUCACGACAUGGUGUUUCAUGCUGUUUCCAAGCAUUUCGAAUUGAUUUUUCUCUGCGCAGGUUGAUGGUUUACCAUUUUCAUUUUUACUACACCAAUUGCCACUAAAUGUUGCUCCUUAUACCACCCCUUUUAAUGGUUUUUAUUAGCCAAGAGGUGGUAUCUACGGAUUACUGCGACAAGGAACUGUGCCAGCCGGAGUUAACGCAUGUCGCUUGUCACAAUUACGGGGACUUUGACGAGACCUGUGGCAGUGGAGCGGUUAUCAUGAAGUUCCCCAUGCACCUGCGUGCCCAUCUUCUGGCCGUUUUGAAUGAUUUCCGUAAUACUGUGGCUCUGGGACAAUAUCCAUCAUUCCGUCCGGCUGCCCGGAUGGCGACUCUCCGGUGGCACGAGGAACUUGCCGGAUUGGCCAAGUUUGCCUUGCGCCGUUGUGAGAACAUGGACGAUUAUUGCAGCAAUACGGAUGAAUUCAAAUAUGUGUCCUAUAUCUACGGUAGUACAAAGUGGUUGCACCAGGAGAAGACCCCGAAGUCCGUUAUGGAAUUUGUGUUGCAAUUUUGGAUAAAUGAUGUUAAGGCCUGCACCAUGGCCCACAUUAAUGCCGAGAAACCUGCCAAGGAUAGGCAGUGUCGCGGCUACUUCACCCAGCUAGUCCAAGACCUGGCUGCCCACGUUGGCUGUGCCAUGAUGAUGCGAAGGAGCCAAACAAGCGGACUCUAUCAGUACGGAGUCCUUUGCCAUUUUUCCCGCGGAAAGAUCGCCAAUGAGCUGGUCUACCGCGAGAGUGCGCACCCGGGAAGUCGCUGCUAUGCGGGGACCCACUCCAUAUAUCAGGGGCUGUGUUCGCCCGAGGAGCAUGUCAAUCCCAAUGCCCUGCAAUUAGGCGAGCUUAAUUAAGUUGGUCAUGCGGAGUCUAAUAAACUUAGGUUUCAAUAUGGA